CGUCAGUAACUGUGGCUGACUUACCUAUAUUCUAGCAAGCAGGACUGCCAGAUGUGAAGGGGAAAUCCCCAAUAAAUUGUUGCAUGUGACUGAUGAUGUGAGCAUGUUCGUUUCAUAAUAAAAAUGUUGCCAGGUAACCAAAAAGUCGUAUGUUUUUGUGCGAAUUACGAUCAUAAUCUUUACGAUCGUACAUUAAAAAAUAGACAAAUAAUAGUAUGAGUACGAUUUAAAUCGUAUAUCUGUCAACCCUGCUAGCAAGACAGCGACAAAAUCACGUUGCAUAACAAUGUAGCCCAAGCUUAUAUCUUAUGAAAUAUACGGAAGAGAUACGGACUUAGAAAAAACAGAAAUGUUGUUCUUUGUGGAAGUCAUUGAUGAAAUUCUAUGUAUUUUAGCCCGCAAACUUUCUUCAAACAAAAACAGCGCCAUCUAGUAUCGAGUUCUGUAAUUAUCUCUUUGUUUAUGGAUUUGAAGUAAGACCGCCACGCAUGCAAUACAUUAUGACUGGGGAUUCCCCUAUUCGUCGACGCUGAAUAUGAGGCGACGACAAUCACUGUCAAACGUGUUCACUAUUACUCUGACUCUGGUAACGUGACUUCCUGGUAACGUGUUAGGUAGGAAAAGCAGUAAAAAAGUGCAUAUUAAGGGAGCAGAUUUGAAAUAAUAUUUAUACUUAACAAGAAAUAAUUAAAGGUUCAAUGGGGAGACCUAAAGAUUUACGCAUAUGGGAGCACUACCGUACUUUACCAAACAAGUCUGUUUCUUGCAAGCUUUGUAAUAAGGUCUACAAAUUCAGUAAUGCUGCCAAAAUGCUUCAACAUCUUAUCACUUGUCCAAAAUCUCCAGAAACAUUAAAAGACUCUAUGAAACUUAUAAAAGAUAGCUCGUCCAAAACCAAAAUGUCUGGACUGUCAGAGAUAGAGACAAAUGAUUCUUUUAUAAGCCCCUCGUCGUCUGCUAACACUACAAUAAAUGCUGAGUUUCAAGACACCGAUGAUCAUAUAAAAACAGAAUUAGCGAGAGCUAUAUUUGUAACAGGGACGCCAUUAUCGAUGGUGCAACAUCCUUUAUGGAUACAAUUUUUCGAAAAAUUGCAACCAAAAUUUAAAAUACCUUCACGUAAAGCUUUAGCGACAAAAUACUUAGAUAAAAUAUAUAGAGAAAUGCGUUUUGAGUUAAAUGAGGAACUAAAUGCUUGUAGUUACUUACACCUUCAGUGCGAUGGCUGGUCUAAUUUAAGAAAUGAAGGAAUAAUAAACUUUCUUAUAUCAAAACCUCAACCUGCAUACGUUAAAAGUUUGAAUACAGAAAGUAAUCCUCACACUAGUGAAUACCUUAGCCAAGAAGUUGAAAAAGUAAUGAAAGUGUAUGGAGCAAAUAAGUUUCUUGUACUUAUUGGCGAUAACGCUAGAAAUAUACAAAAGGCAUUCGAAUUAACAAAACUCAAAUAUCCACAUGUUGUUCCUCUCGGUUGCUGUGCACAUAUCCUUAACUUGUUGUGCCAAGAUAUUGUAAAGAUACAAGAAGUAACUGUGUUUAUUAUGCAAGCCAUAAAUAUAAUAAAAACUGUUAAAAGGAGUCAACGAUUAAGUUCCUUGUUGAUAAAAUCAAGACAGGGUGAAGAUUCUACACAAACACUAAAAUUGCCUUGUGCUACAAGAUGGGGAAGUCAUGUUACUUCGUUAAAAAGUUUGAAAGCAAAUAAGAUAGCUUUGCAAAUAUUAACAGUUAGAGAAGAUGUGGUAAUUUCAAGAGAUAUUAAAGAUUUAAUUCUAAGUGAUGAUUUCUGGACGAAGACAGGGGAAUGUAUAAGUAUUUUGGAACCAGUCACUGAAAGCAUAUUUUACUUAGAGAGCGACCAGAAUCGUUUGCAUCGCACAUACAUUACAUUUAGAGAUGUACAAGCUAAGAUACGUUUUGCAUUAAAUGAGAUUUCGACAUUGAGCGAAGAAAGCAAACAGCAGAUUAUAACAUCAGUAUCUUCAAGAUGCAAUAUGGCAAUGAGGCCAAUACAUUUUGCAGCAUAUAUUCUAGACCCCAGGACUCUAGGAGUCGAACUUACUCAAGAGGAAGAACUUAAGGGUAUGGAGUUUAUCUACAAUUUAAGCCAACACUUAAGUUUGUCAAAUGUAAUGGCAGAUUUGGCGUGUUAUAAAGCUAAAGAAAACUUUUGGGCCAGAGGAUUUGUAUGGAGCUCAUUAGAUAGCAUUGAGCCCCUAAUAUGGUGGAAAGGUAUUUGUGGUUCCACUGAGUUAAGCAAAGUAGCGAUUCGUAUUCUAUCAGCUCCCUGUACUUCGGCAGCCACUGAGCGUUCCUUUAGUAUCCAAGGCUACAUACAUAAUAACAAAAGAAAUCGACUUACAACUGAAAGAACUGAAAAAAUUUCAUUCAUUUGUUAUAACUGGAAUCUUAAACAUAAAGCUGAAUGCGAGGACAUUCAGUUUAAUGAAGAAAAUACCUUAGAAGCUUUCAUUGAGCAAGUAAAUGAACAUAACAGUUUAGACGAAAUAGAGCCUAUCGAACCUAUACAAUUCAUCGCUUGUAAUAACUCUGAAUCUGACAGUGAUUGACUGUAGUUUUACAUUUUACUUUCAUCUCUUUCUUAAUAAACUCAAAAUCAAAUUAAAAGUUUUUUAUUCUGUAGGCUGCAUAAUAAUAUUGUCUAUGUCCAGUAUAGUGGACGUCUUGCGGCUGAGAUGACGAUGAUGAAGUACAAAAUCAUAAACACCCAAAAAUUUGGGUGUUUAUGGGGUUUAAACCCAAUAAACCCAAAACACCCGGUUUUUACCCACCAGACUUUAAACCCACCCAGGUGGAUUGCCCAUCUC